AACAUGCCCGAAUAGGCUGGCUGCAUCCAACGAGUCCACUGCUUCAGCCCGACCGAACCUGGACGGCUCCCCGUCCAGGUGCUCCGUUCCGUCGCCCAGAUUCAUCCGAUCGGCCGGCUGGCCUAUAUAUUACAGCGACAGCUCGCCUUCGUUGUGCCUAGCCGGCGUACGGUAUUGAUGCCCCCCCACCAGUGAAGUGAUCAAAAUCGAGAUUCGAGAAGUCAAUCAUUAGCUGAGCUAGCUACUGAUUCAUAGAAGGAAGUGAUUCGAGGAGGUAAUAGAUAGCUUAGGCAUGUGUUGGUGGAGAUAGAGAGAAAGAUGGUUCAGGUGGGCAUGGCUCAGCCGGCGAGCCCCGAUGCGGCGGCGCACGUCGCGCACAAGAUCCCCUCCGGCGACGGGCCGUAUGCACGGGCCAAGCACUACCAGCUGGUGGAGAAGGACCUGGACGCGUCGAUCGUGUGGUUCUGGAAGGCGAUCGAGACAGGGGACAAAGUGGACAGCGCGCUCAAGGACAUGGCCGUGGUGAUGAAGCAGCGCGGGUACCUGAAGGACGCCAUAGACGCCAUCAAGUCGCUCCGGCACCUCUGCAACCCGAGCCGGCAAUCGCAGGAGUCGCUGGACAACAUCCUGCUGGACCUCUACAAGGCCAGCGGCCGCACGAGGGAGGAGAUCGACCUGCUCAAACAAAAGCUCCGGCGCAUCUUCCACGGCGAAGCAUUCCCCCGUGGUAAAUCCACGAAGCGGGCUCGCUCGCACGGGCGGAAGAUCCACGUGUCCGUGAAGCAGGAGACGUCCAGGGUGCUGGGCAACCUGGCCUGGGCGUACAUGCAGGAGCGCAACUUCAUGGCGGCGGAGGCGGUUUACCGGAAGGCGCAGAUGGUGGAUCCCGACGCGAACAAGGCGUGUAACCUGGCGCUUUGCCUUGUGGAGCAAAGGAGGAUGGGGGAUGCGGAGAAGGUGCUCGAUGGCGUGCUCUCGGGAGUGUAUGUGGAGCAGAUUGGAGGAGGGGAGAAGGCUGUGAGGAAGGCGGAGGAGCUGAUGGAGCGGAUCAGGGCUGGUAAGGGAGGUGACGGGGUGGAAGAAGAUCAGGAGGAUGGCGUUGAGGCGGAUGAGAUGGCGGAGCUGCUGGACGUGGUGGUGAAGGAGUGGGCGAGGCCGUAUAGGCGGAGUGACCGGAGGCUGCCCGUGUUUGAAGAGAUCACUCCGUUUUGCGGCAGGGGGCAGAUCGCUUGCUAGAUUAGAAGCUUUUGAUCGAAGCAAGGGAAGCUCAGUAGGAGCGCUGUGUUGUGUGGAGUUGCAUUGCAUGGGAGCAUGUAUAUAGUGGAGGGUGAGUUUCUGUCGAUGUGGACGUGUGUAUGUGUUGCGUGUGUAGUUGCGUUCUUUGUUUUAUGUGUGCGCGCGUCUGUGUGGAGUUGUAGCAUGUGUACAGGGGUUUUUAGUUGAUAUAUGUGGAGUACAUAUGUACAUACUACAUAUACAUGGUGCAGCAAGCGCAAGUUGCAAUACUGUUUGCUGUAAGCUGGAGUGCUGGACAUAUACAUUUGUUGCAUGUUUGGAACACAAGGGUUUUGGCA